UAUUUUCCACUCAGUUUCUCGCAGUUUAAAAUGGCGGCGUUGAGCAGCGCCGAGUCCCCACCGCCCGUCUUCAACGGCGACACGAUGGACAGAGACCCGGAGCGGGAGAGGGGACUGGGGGAGCUAGGAGCCUGCCUGGAGCCGGCAUGUUCGGUGGGGAUCCCGGAAUGUCCACAGGACGAGGAGAUCUGGAAUAUCAAACAGAUGAUCAAGCUGACGCAGGAACACUUGGAGGCUCUGCUGGACAAGUUUGGAGGAGAAUGCAAUCCCCCAUCCAUAUAUCUGGAGGCCUAUGAAGAAUACACCAGUAAGUUGGAUGCCCUGCAACAGAGGGAACAGCAGCUCCUGGAGGCCAUGGGCAAUGGGACAGACCUCUACUCCUCCUCUCUCCCGGACCGGGGCAUGGGAUGUUCUGGGGUCGGCCAGCCUCUCCUCCCCUCUGCCCCUAACACCCUGGCGGUCCACCAGAACCCUGCAGAUGGACGGGUGAACCCCCGCUCACCCCAGAAACCAAUCGUCAGGGUCUUCCUGCCUAACAAACAGAGGACUGUGGUACCUGCCCGAUGCGGGAUGACAGUCAGAGACUCUCUGAAGAAGGCUUUGAUGAUGAGAGGACUGAUACCUGAGUGCUGUGCUGUCUACAGGAUACAGGACGGAGAGAAGAAGCCUCUUGGCUGGGACACAGACAUCUCCUGGCUGACGGGGGAGGAGCUACACGUGGAAGUCCUGGAGAACGUUCCGCUGACGACGCACAACUUUGUGAGGAAGACCUUCUUUACGCUGGCGUUCUGUGAUUUCUGCCGGAAACUGCUGUUCCAGGGGUUCCGUUGUCAGACGUGUGGUUAUAAGUUCCACCAGCGCUGUAGCACUGAGGUUCCACUUAUGUGUGUGAACUAUGACCAGCUAGACCUGUUGUUGGUGUCUAAGUUCUUUGAGCACCACCCCAUCACCCAGGAGGAGGUGUCAUCAGAGGGCACCACCCCGAUGUCUGAGGCCUGCCCUUCUCUGCCUCCGUCCGACUCUACUGGGUCUCUGUGCCAUGCCACUGUGUCCCCGUCCAAGUCCAUCCCCAUCCCCCAGACGUUCCGGCCCGGAGAGGAGGACCACAGGAACCAGUUUGGCCAGAGAGACCGCUCCUCUUCCGCUCCCAAUGUCCAUAUCAACACCAUUGAACCUGUAAACAUUGACGACUUGAUAAGAGACCAAGGUUUACCGAGAUCAGAAGGAGCCCCCCCCCCGCAGACCCACCCCGCUGCCUGCAGCUUACGGAAGCAGCGAACACGGACCUCCAGCCCCCUCCUAUACUCCUACCCCAAUGACAUAGUCUUUGAUUUUGAGCCAGAGCCCGUGUUUCGAGGGUCGACUGCGGGGCUUUCGGCCACGCCCCCGGCCUCGCUGCCUGGCUCAUUGACCAAUGUGAAGGCUCCUCAGAAGUCCCCGUGUCCACAGAGGGAGAGGAAGUCCUCAUCCUCGUCUGAGGACCGCAAUAAAAUGAAAACCCUGGGCAGACGGGACUCUAGUGACGACUGGGAGAUCCCUGAAGGCCAGAUCACACUGGGUCAGAGAAUAGGGUCAGGGUCCUUUGGAACGGUCUUCAAGGGCAAGUGGCACGGUGAUGUGGCGGUGAAGAUGUUGAAUGUUACAGCUCCGACUCCUCAGCAACUACAGGCCUUCAAGAAUGAAGUGGGGGUCCUUAGGAAAACGCGUCAUGUGAACAUCCUUCUGUUCAUGGGAUACACCACCAAGCCUCAGCUAGCCAUUGUGACUCAGUGGUGUGAAGGCUCUAGUCUCUACCACCACCUUCACAUCAUAGAGACCAAGUUUGAGAUGAUCAAACUCAUAGAUAUUGCCCGGCAGACCGCCCAGGGCAUGGAUUAUCUGCACGCCAAAUCCAUCAUCCAUAGAGACCUGAAGAGCAACAACAUAUUUCUACACGAGGACCUGACCGUGAAGAUAGGCGACUUCGGCCUGGCCACGGUGAAGUCUCGAUGGAGCGGCUCGCACCAGUUUGAACAGCUCUCUGGCUCCAUCCUGUGGAUGGCUCCGGAGGUCAUCCGUCUACAGGAUAAGAACCCCUACAGCUUCCAGUCAGAUGUCUAUGCCUUUGGGAUAGUCCUCUACGAGUUGAUGUCAGGGGCCCUCCCGUACUCCAACAUCAACAACAGAGACCAGAUCAUUUUCAUGGUGGGCCGGGGCUACCUGUCCCCUGACCUCAGUAAGGUGCGCUCCAACUGUCCCAAAGCCAUGAGGAGGCUGAUGGCCGACUGUAUGAAGAAGAAGAGGGAGGAGAGACCCUUGUUCCCUCAGAUCCUGGCAUCCAUUGAGCUGCUGGCGCGUUCUCUACCCAAGAUCCACCGCUCCGCGUCGGAACCGUCUCUGAACCGGGCUGGAUUCCAGACAGAGGAUUUCAGCCUGUAUGCCUGCGCCUCCCCCAAAACUCCGAUACAGGGAGGAUAUGGAGAGUUUUCAGCAUUUAAAUAAGACGUUGCUGCAGAUUCCACCUGUCAUCCUUCACCACACUUCUCCUGUUCCCAAGGUCGUUUACUUCAUCCAUUAGCCAAAAACAAGAGUUGUAUUCUCACAGAACGAGCUGUUUUCUUCGUCACCUCAAGAUGGACGGACAGACAGCCUCCCACUUCCACCUGGCAACUCGGGAGUCCUGAUAACUCUGUCUGGGAUCACCACACAGAAAAAGAAAACCACAUCAUUUAGGUUAAAACAUUUGAAACACAACCAGGAUAGCGGUAAACGUGUUCAUCACUAAAUGAAGACACGUAAAGAAAUCUCAACCAAACCAGUUUGUUGGAACACAGAGGAGAAAGGAGAAACUCCAAAAGGAGAGAACAGCACGUCCCGAUUGAAGGAGGAAGGAGGAGCAAUGAGGGAAGGGAACUGUUGGUGGUGCAAGGACCGGGAUAAAUGUCAAAGGUUAGGAGUCAAAAGUUCAGGUCAAAGGUUAGAGGGGUUGGGCAGGAAAUGCCUCGUCACUCCCCUCCCUGAAGAAGAGGGCAGAACUACAGGCGACCAUGGCCUUCCUCCCUUGCUGCUCAUUGGUUGCCUAAGAUGAAAGGGCCAGGUCUAACCCAAUCCCUGGUGAGCCGUAGGUCAUUGAGGGUGGAGUCAACCCUGCGGGAGGAUGACUUUUAGUGAAAGAAUCCAUUUUUUUGAAUUUUUUCCAUUUGCUUAUUUUAUGUUUUGGGGUUUUGAGGAGACAAGGGGAGAGAUUCUGAGCGUUUCCGUUCUGUAUUAGAAGGGACCACUGAUGUUAAGCCACACAUGAAUCCACUCCAUUCAAGCGUCAAUCUUCACCAGAGACUAGAAGAUUUUAAGACUUUCUCACCGAGCUGUCCAUUGGAAUGAAGUAUAGUCACGCUUUUCCAGGUUUGACGAGGCGCCCCGUAUCCAAGCCCUGUCUGUAGGUUGCUUUCUGUAUGGGUCACGGUUAACCGUUAACAAGAGGGUGAAGACUAUUAUUUUGGAGGGGAAAACACACUGUUUUAAUGAGCCGGUUUGUUGGAAAGACACCAUGUGAGUCUGAGGUGGCUGUCAGUGCUUAUUUAGACUACUAUGGGAUUUUUCUCCUCAUUCCCUGUGUAGCGCACUACUUCUAAAGGGAAUAGGGUGCCAUUUGGGACACGUGUUACUGAGUCUAUAUGGGGGAGAAAGAGGAGGGUAAUCUCAUGGAAAUGGCAAAUUUUUCCAUUCUUUGUUUUGGGCGGUGGGGGGGUGCAUAGCAUUUGCCGUCCACAGCCAUUUACAAGGCGUUGCUUCUCUCGCAACGUGGCUGCGUUAGCGGAAACUGCAAGCCUUUUGGACAGGUGGCUGGCGUUUUGGCCCAAAUGGACCGGCGCUCCGUCUGAGCUGACUCGUCAUCACAGCGUGACAUUGCUGACAGCACAUGGUCACAUUACCACCGAAGGGCUGUCAAAGGGGGGAAAUAAUAGCAGUCGAUUGCAUGAAGUUCUGUAUUUGCGAUGAAACCCAAUUUCCGAAUGUUUUCGUUUUGUCCUGAAAAACCUUUUUCUGUUCGAAAGCAGGGCUGCAGUCGUGUUUGCACCCUGGCUGUAAGGGAUAGAAACACAAAAUGAUCUAUAUUAGAAUACAUGAUUGCAUAUGACUAUAUGACUUGUUUUUAUUCUUGAAAACGAGAUCUCAAAUGAAUAAAUGUGUUUUUCCUAGAUGUUACCUAAUGCGACCAAACACUGCAACAUACCUUAAUUGUCCCAAUGUUUGGAAAGGAAUCCUAAAAUAGAACAAUGAUUUUUGAGGGCUUGCACACACACAUCACUCUUACAUUUUGUGGUGAUCCAGCCUGAACGUGCGCGCACACGCCUCUCCGAGUAGCUUUUCACUUUCUCCAGUUCCGUUCCUGUGUGCAUAGCCUGACCAGUGUCUCGUUGGCCCUAACGUCUCCUGAGCAUGAUGGAUGGUUGUCAUCAGACAUUAAGGUUGUACAUGACACAUUUUAAGUACAUUUGCACAAAUCCAUGAAAUGAAGGAAAAGCACAGUUCUGGUAAUAUCGAAUGUCACCUUUUGAAGGACGUCACCUGGUGGUCAUGCUUAAAAGGGCCAAUACGGAAACGAGUGGCGUGUAGAACUGGAAAUGAGGGGUGUGAAAACUUACGGAGAACCUUGGUCUACAGUGAUGUUAUGAAUGGGUUAACUUCGACAGCCCUACAGUAGAGCUCUCUUUUUUCAUCUUCUCAAGCCACCUCCAGUUCUGUUAGGAAUAGCCAGAGUGGUCAGGGCAUGUCCUCAUCUUGUCGGCAGGUUGUCGCGGGCGGUCGUAGGCCCUGUGGCCUCAGCUUUUAAGAUGGGCAGUGGAACAAGAAACUUGCCUGUAAUCAAGAUGGCGGCGGCCACAUAUGUACCUGCUGAAGCCUGGGAUGUAAAUGGACAAGGGUUGUGGCUGGAGGCCGGUGGUGUUGUCCCUGAGGGUUGUAAUCGAGUCCCACUUUGAAAGUCUGUUUCUAUUAACAUGCACUUUUCUUGUUCUUAUGUUCCAGUGUGUCUUGAGGGUGGGAGCCAUUUUACUUUUUGUUGUCGACGCUGUAAUUAGCCUUUUUAUUUUGUCAACAGGCAGGCCUGGAAAAUUCUGACUUAUUUAUGUGAAUUGCUUUUUGUUUGAUUUUAAGCCGUCUUGUUUUAACUGCUUGUGUGGUCGUCGUCUUGGCGACCGACGUGUGCAUUUGCACUUUGUUGGAGGUGAAUCGGAGAAGCUCAGUAAGCAACUUGCCUUUCUUCAGGGGACAGUGGUUAGGGUUCACCCUAACCCAUUUUUUUGGUUGAUCACUAAACCCGUCGGUACCAUUUUCAGAUGUCAUAUGAUACAUCAGUAUGAGAGCAGUGAUUUUGUUUCCUUUGGGAAAGCCAAAGGGCGGGUUAGAGAACCAUUGUGCAUUCCAAACUGUGCCCUAUUCCCUUUUCUGUGCCUCACUACUGAUCAUAGCUGAUGGGGCCCUUUUGGUCUAUGUAGUGCACUGUAGGAACUAGGGUGUCAUUUGGGACUGGAACCAUGGAAGCUGUCGAGCAGCUUAAAUUCAACAUGUUACUGACAAAUUCUUUCCAUCAUUAGACUGUAACGUGGCUUCCUUGACCUUCUCUUUAGGGAACAUGUGUCAUCAGUGAGCCACGUAUCACAUCUUUGGGCCAUGUUAGGGUGUGUUACAAAACAGGAUCAAUCAAUUACAAACAAACAGAAAUAAGUUGUUUUUGUUUUUCAUUUGGAAUGCUAAACCUUGGUCGGUUAGUCAGUAAGACUCUGCUCCUUUUAUGGUUGUUUUUAAUGUGUUUUGGCAAGUUAGCUUUCCGAGUCAUUGAUCUUGCUUCGUGGUAGCUGUAGCCCAUCACAACAGAGAGAGUGAGUGGCUUCAUCAUUAAAGGUGGUCCCUUGUUUUACUGCACACUCUGCAAAAGUUGGAAUUGUUGCCAGUCUGCUGGUGUAAUAGAUGGGCUGUCCUGUCUGUGUUUUAGACUGGCCUGGCUAUGAAAAGAUCUGUGAAUUGCUCCCUUUAUUUUUUUGUGAAAAAUAUUUUUUCUGCUUUUGCAAACCAAGCCUGCAAUGUGUUGCUUGUCUGAACCUCAUGGCUGCCUGCACACAGAGCUCAACUCCAAAACAGUAUUUUGUUCAGUUAGGCCUUUGGGGGAAAAGAGACCAUCUGUUUAGCCAAAAGACACAUUUCUGAGAAAAUAAGUAAUAAUUUGGUCUGAUCACCUUAAGAAUUAAGGUCGUAUAUAUAGAAUAACAUUGCCUUUAAUUGGUGUAAAAUCUGUCUGGGUCUCUGUCUGAUGUUUUGUCCAGUAAAAGAAUGUGCACAGACACACAGACACACAGCGACACUGAAGAGAUUUAGUAUGCUGCCUUCAAAUUAUAUUAUAUAUACAGUAUAAAUAAUGUAAAUUUAUUUUUCUGAGGGACAGCCAUGUACAUUUAUUUAAAAUGAUCCAUUUCUUUCCUACCAGGCCUCGCUCCCCACUUCACUGUUACAAACCUAAGAUGUGAAACCAAGGAUCUAGCUGAAAGCUGACAGUUUUUUUUUUUUAAAGGAGCGCUGUAUUUAUUUUCAAGGUGGUUCUUGUCUCCAAUUGCACCUUAUUCCCUAUUUAAUACACAGGUUCAAAUGCACGAUAUUAUCUAGGGAAUUAGGAUGCUGUUUUCCAUGACAGUGUUAUUACAGAGAAAGGUGUGUAUCUUUAAAAGCAUUGCUUUGGUGAAGCUAUAUGACUACUGACAGCCUACUGACUUUGUUUUUAUUAUGGACUGCUUCUGGUAUUCUACUAGUAUGGUGUCACUGUAGUACGUUCUCUUUUAAUUGUUUCCGUUUUGUUCUUUCACUUGCUUUUUAUUCUUUUGUCUUUACAUUUUCCAUACUCACUCGCCUGCACCUUAAAAACAAUGUAUUCCGCAAACCGCCUCGAACUAAGAACUGUCAUUUAACCUUUGAGGGAUUAGUGUUUUCACCUGUAAAUAGCUGUACAAAGGAGAUGCUGCCCGUUUCCAAGGAGACAUGGAGACUCAACAUGAAAUGACAAAAUGUUUAAAAUAAAGAAACAAAAGGAUUAAAUGGACAUUUUGAUAGAGGAUGACAUUCUGAGAAACAUGUUUGUGUAAAAAAAAAAUAUUUAAGAACUGUAUUAUAUAAAAAGGAGAAAAAGCUUAAUGUAUUUGUUGUGAAUAUGAAAAACUGAUAUAUUAAAGAAGUGCAUG